ACACAGCUCUUCAGCAUGCUAUCUGGACCGGUCCACACUUGACUCUUCUGGUCUCCUGCCCCGGUGGUGCCGUCUCUCCACCUCCAUCUCACCCCCCUCCACCCCGAGCACUCUGCCCGAAGACGACGCACUCCAGCUGGGGUGAGCCUGCAGGGAGCAGGGAGCUUCCCCUGGACCCCCACCUGGCCUCCAUGAGUUUAAUUGAGGACACCCUGCCUCUCCCUGAAAGAUGGGAAAUGCUUCCGAAGCAGCCCUGUUUUUUUCCAGAAUCUCAAAGGAGCAUGACUAUUUUAUGGGCAUCGUGUACAUCGUGUUUUGUGUACUGUCGCUGCUUGGAAACGGUGUCUUGCUCCUCGUAGCCUAUCGGAAAAGGUCCUCACUGAAGCCAGCCGAGUUCUUCAUCAUCAACCUGUCAGUCAGUGACCUUGGGAUGACAUUGAGCCUCUUUCCUUUUGCCAUCCCCUCCUCAUUUUCUCACAGGUGGCUGUUUGGAGAUGUGGUCUGCCAAGGCUACGCCGUCUGUGGGGUUCUCUUUGGCCUCUGCAGCCUGACCAACCUCACAGCCCUCUCGUCUGUCUGCUGCCUCAAAGUCUGUUUCCCACACUAUGGAAACAAGUUCUCCUCUGCCCAUGCACUCCUCCUGGUGGCCGGGGUGUGGGGUUACGCCUCCAUUUUCGCUAUCGGGCCCUUGGUCAGGUGGGGCCAGUAUGGGCCAGAGCCGUACGGCACAGCCUGCUGCAUCGACUGGUACGCACCAGCCGACAACAUGCUGGCCAUGUCCUACAUCAUCUGCCUCUUCCUCUUCUGCUAUGUGGUGCCCUGCACCAUCAUCUUCCUCUCCUACACCUUCAUCUUGCUGACGGUGCGUGGCUCUCGGCAGGCCGUGCAACAGCACGUCUCGCCCCAGACCAAGACCACCAAUGCUCACACUCUCAUUGUCAAGCUGUCUGUGGCAGUGUGCAUUGGCUUCCUGUGCGCCUGGAGCCCUUACGCCAUUGUGGCCAUGUGGGCGGCUUUCGUGGACAGCACCGUCAUUCCACCCUUCGCCUUCGCUCUGGCGGCCAUCUUCGCCAAGUCCUCCACCAUCUACAACCCAGUGGUCUACCUGCUGUUCAAGCCCAACUUCCGCAAGUCGCUGUGUCGCGACACGGCGCAGUUCCGCCACAAGAUCUGCUCCAGCACGGGCAAGGGCAGCCCCAACGCGGGCCUCAAGGACCCGACCAAACCCGCCUCCUCACAGCGCAACCACAAGGACAUCAGCAUCUCCACGCGGCUAUCCAACGGUCUGCCCGAGAGUCAUGGCGCGUGUCUGCACUGCGCAGAGGUGGGUGGUGGUAGCAGUGGAGGCACGCGCUGUCAUCUGACCCCACCUCAGCGGACAGCGCGCAUGCUCACGGACUCUGGCCACAGCGAGGUCAUGGUCUGUCAACUCCCUGAAAAAAUGCAACACAACUUCCUCUAGGGGUGCCUGCUACACGAAGGCUUUGCUCAUGUGAUACUAUGGAGGGCCACGGGCGAACAGGAGAGACACUGGGUGGAUGGAUGAGCGAUGCCAAAAAAUAGAUGAACAAGGGCAAAGCUGGGCAUCCAAGGGGCAUCAUCUACUUGAUGAUCGGUGGUCCUGGAGGCCUAAGUCACUCCUGUAUUUUUUUUUUACUCACCUUGUUCAGCUACCCGGCUCUUCAGGGACAUGUCGGCAUUAGUCAGGUGUGUUGAAGUCGAACUACAGGGGGACAUUGGGGCGUCUAUAGAGCCAAAGGCAAAAGAGGAAGAGAUUACACAGAGAAGAGCUUUAACACAGGACUGAGUGCAACAGAGAAGGGCAUGGAGACAGAGAGAAGGAACAAGGGAAUGAAGGAGAAAGAGGGGGUUGAUGGGUGAGACAGAGGGGGGAGAGAAAGACCCCAAGACAGCCCAGGAGAGAGAGAGAGAGAGGGGGGGGAGACAGAGAUAUGAUGUUAGGAAUAAAAGAGAGAGAGGACACAUCAAAUGGACAGAGAAACAGGGAGAAAGAGCGAGAGAAAGAAAAAGAGAGGAAUGGCAGAGUGAAUAGAAGGAGACAGGGAAAUGAAGUCAGAACAGAGAGCAG